AUGGCUAUCACAACAGGCCAAAAGCAAGCUCUGAUGGAGAAUUUGCAGUUGGAAAUUACUGAACGUGCUAGAAAGCUCAGAGCACAAUAUAAUGUUCAAGCUCAAGGAUUAAAAACGCGUAUUGAAAUUCGCGUCAAUCGCAUACCUAUUUCAAUGCGCAAAAAGAACAUUGGGGAUUUGUUUGAGAAGCACAACAAUACUGGCGCACAAGCAGCGCGUACGGAAGUGGGACCACCAGUUCCAGCAAAGAACACUCCAAAAAACACACAAAAGAAGAUUCCAGUGGAGGAGUCAGAAAGUGGUCCAAGUACUCAAGUCACAGCACCAUCUCGUGCUACUAAAAGGAAUAGUGACGAGGCAAGUCUAGACAAGGAAAACAAUAUUGACAACCCGAAGAAACGUCAAAAAGCUGUUCCUAACCUGCCUGAACGUACCACUUCUCGUGUCAAUAUGGACCCAAAACAAAUACUUUCACCUAGAUCCGCUAACUCCCGAACUUUACCUGCCUCGCCAAUAAAACCCGCACCACCCGCCAAAUCUACUACAGAUUCUCGUCCGCCUACAAGAGCAGGACGAAAAGUCGCACCACAUACAAAUCCAGCUGGAGCUGCUACUGGUCGAGCAAGAUCCAACACCGCAAAUUCGGGUCCAAAGACUACACGAGGAAGAAAUGUCAGCAAUACUAGCACAGAGACUGUUGUUAAAAAGGCACCUGCUGCAAGACUCAAGAAGGCGGCACCUGCACCUGCGCAACCUGCACAGCCAGCCAGCACUGCUGUUGGAAGAGUGUUGAGAAAAAGAGCUUGA